UGUUGAUUCAUGAACUAAUCCCAAACACUAUCUCCAAAACCCAAAUUUUAAAAAAUUAAAUAAAAACCACCCCACAACACUACUCCCCAUUCCACUCCCCUCUUGGCGGUGGGUAACUUUAAUGAAACACCUUAGCCUCUCUCAAACCCAAGACAACCACAACAACAAACAAAUUUUGAAUUUGAAUUUGAAUUUGAUUUUGAUGAUAGAUAGUUUGAUUUGAUGAUGAUAAGGUAUUUUGAUUUGGAUUUGGUCAUGGGCAAAGUCAGAGGUGGACCUCUCCCACCCUCGGCGCACGUUAGCCCACCCUCCCUCUCACCUAAGCGGUGGUGGCCUCCUCAUCCACCCACGUCACUUAAUCCAGCCGCACAUCCCUCCCACCACCCCAACCCAACCCCCCUUCCUUAUCAUUAUCCCAACAUCACCACUUUUCUCUCUCCACCACCACAACCACACUCACUCUCUCUUUUCCUCUUCCACCCACCACCACCUUAACAUUCACCCCCUUUUGCUAUUCUACGCCACCUUAACCUCCUCCUCCUCCUCCUAUAACCUAAAACUCCAAUCUCUCUCCUAUCCUGCGCCUCCACCAUGGCUUCCCCUUCUUCCCCCACCGACUCCAACCCACCUUCCGCCGUUCCCCUCCCUCUCCCGGCUCCUCCCCCACCCGCCACCUCCUCCCGCCGCCUCCCUCCUCCCUGCUGGGGCGACCCUGAAACCGCCGCCCUCAUCGACGCCUACCGCGAGAAGUGGUACUCCCUCGGCCGCACCAACCUCAAAUCCACCCACUGGCAGGAGGUUGCCGACACCGUGGCCGAACGCUGCCCUAACGCCUCCCUCCCGCCGAAAACCUCCGUCCAGUGCCGCCACAAGAUGGAGAAGCUCCGUAAACGCUACAGAUCUGAGAUGCAGCGCCUCCGAUCUCUCCCUGUGCCGCGCUCACGCGCCUCCUCGUCGUGGGUGCACUUCAAAUCCAUGGAUUCCAUGGAGAAAGGGCCAUCGCCUCCGAAACCUGAACCUCUCUCCAACAACAACAACAACCACCUCGAUGAUCCUGAAGAUCUCGACGACGACGAGAUUUAUGAAGAAUUCAAAAACGGGGGUUCCAACACGAGGAGCCUUGACAAAUUCUACCGCAACGGAAUGGGUGGUAGCGGCGGCGGCGGCGGGUUUCGUAUCCGGAUCCCAACCGGGGUUAGCGUUGCGCAACCCGGAUCGAAGCUUUUCGGGAACCAGAAGAUGAACAACCCCUCCGAUUCGGGUUCGCGAGGGUUUGCUAACGGCGGAAACAGGGGUGUGAAGGAGAGGCAAUUCGGGUCGGGUAACAAGAGGGAGAGAGACCCGGUUGGGGAAAUGGUGAGUGCGAUCAAGGUUUUGCGAGAUGGGUUCGUGAGGAUGGAGCAGAUGAAGAUGGAGAUGGCGAAGGAGAUCGAGCAAAUGCGAAUGGAUAUGGAGAUGAAGCGCACUGAGAUGAUCCUGGAAUCGCAGCAGAGGAUCGUGGAGGCUUUCGCCAAAGCUGUUUCUGAGAAGCAGAAGAAGAAAAAGGGUAACCCGGUAGCAUCACCCUCUGAACAAUAGCUAAAUAAUAAUCGAAAUCGAAAGUUUCUUCGAUUUUCUGUGAUUUUUCUCCCUAAAAUGAUGUUCACUAGUGUUCAGUUUUUGUUUUAGGUAGUGUGAUAUUGUUGCUAUAUACUGUGAUCUGCUACUUUCUUUCUAUAUUUUCAUGGGUAAUUUUUGGUACUUUUUAGGAUCAUAUGUUGUGUGAACUGUGAAUUUAGCUUUUAUAGUAUCUGAUUUUUCUAA